AUGCCAACAUUGAAAUUCCAACAUCUUUGGUCGGAUGGCGCAGCGCAUCGGGUCACCAGCCCAUCUCGUAGGCGCCCGCCUGCGAUCGAUCGACUUGCCGAGCUCUCUCCUGUGCGCCCGCCCACAACGCCCUCCGUCGCGCCGCUGUUUCUCAGCACUGACACGCCGCGCGCGAUACACUCUACCACGGUAUAUACUGGCUUCCUUUCAUGCGUCGCUCGUCGUCCCGCCCCCCUUUCCACCUCGUCCUUCCACGCCCCGCAGCGUUCGCCCCCGCCUGCCCGCUCCCGCUCCCGCCCGCAAGUCCCGUUGCCGUGGCGCUGGGUGAGCCCCAAGCCCAUCAUCGCGCGCGGAAGCCUCGACCACGCCAUUGUCAGUGCCCCACGCGUCGACGGUCAGCUGGAACCCCACAACCAUCCUGCAUGGCUGCUCGUGGGACGACCGGUCGACGUGACACGGUGCGAGCACAAGUGGAGGAACAGUCGCGCGUCAGCACACGACGACGACCUGACGCGCGCAAGAUCACGCACCCGCUGUGGCACAAGAUGGCACCCAUCCCACGCGCACGCUAGCCGGGGCGCAUGGGGCGCAUCAUUGGUGAGUGAUACGCCCACCCAUGGCGUGCUGCCCACGGCGCCCACACGCACGCCUGGUCAGGUUUCCAACGACUCGCGCGCGCGUGUACAGACUUCCUGCAUCAGCGUCCCCCCUCACUUCGGACUCGUGCAGCCGCAGCCGCGCCAAUCGCAGCCGCCUUCGCCUCCGCUUCUUGCGUAUUCCAGCCCGGUCAGUCCGCAACUCACAGCCCACGCACGCCCGCAUCCGUAUCCCGCCGCGCCGCUGCCCGGGUGCACCAUCUCACACCGCCAAGACAGAGACAACGGACAUAGCGGCUGCUGGAGCGCGUCGAGUGCAGCGCGGGCGGUCUCGGCGACAGCCUCUACCGGCCGCGCGCGGAGGACGCGCACUACGACACGCGGGACGAGCGUGUCACACAGGGCGUCGAGCACGGCGCAUGCAAGCCAGACCGCGGCUUCUGAUGAGACCCGGUUGCGGACGAGCACGGCAGCGGGACGUCCAGGACCGCGCCGCGCCAGACGUUCCCGCACCACGGCAGCAUCAACGGCCGCCUCACGUCCCAAGGCUGCCACUCAGGACGUCGACACAGCGCUCCUGCUGCUCGCGGAGCCAUGCACCGGUACGUUUCUCCCGUCGUGCACCGCGUCUGUCCCCUCGGCCGCCCGCGCCAUCAGCCCAAGGUGCGCCCGCUCACGGCCCGCGAGCCCGUCGUCUGCGCACGCCGCCGCCGCAGUUGCGCCCGCCUCGUGUCAGGCUAUCGUGCUCACUUGCGCCAAGCCCGUGCAACUGCGCCGCCCAUCGCACGCCGCCCGCGCGCCCGCCGGCAGCAUCUUCCGCCAUCAUACCGCAGCACUAUCCCACCUAAGCACGUUCAUAUAUACUCCUGCUCACACGCGCAUCGGCACAGCUAACGACAUACGACACAGACGCAUAGUACCUCUACGCAACGCUCGCCGCCGUGUACACCUCCGUUCCCCCAGCACUCCGCCCAUCCCGCCCCCGUCCGCGCCCGCGCCUGCAUCCACCAACUGUCAACCUCGCACGCCGUAA